AUGGCUUUCGACGAACUAAACGACAAAAUCACCCCGGCAAACCCCAGUCGCGAAGUGUCGCCAAACCGUGGAUCUUCUGUGCAUCAAUCGGCCGCUAUUCCGAAGCCCUGCAAACCCUUGCGACAAUGGCAACAAGAAAACAACAUUGACCGCAGCGCACAGAUCAAACUCACCAAGCUCGUGCACAUGCGCUACCAGCACCCAGAUAUGGAUGAAAUCACCCAGUUCCUGCGCGACUUUGGCAUGAGCGUAGCGCAGAAAUCAGAGGGCAAGAAAUGGUUCAAGGGCUACGGCGACGACCAGUACGUCUACUACGCGCAGCAAGGCGAGAAGAAGUUUCUGGGGGGUUGCUUCGAAGUUGAAAGCUAUGCCGAGCUCGAGAAAGCCUCCAAAGUCCCAGGCGCAAGUCCAAUUCAAGAGUUGACCGAUGCUCCCGGCGGGGGCUUCAUGGUCACCUUGCACGACCCCGAAGGUUUCCCGAUCAACCUGAUCCACGGACAAACCAAGCGCGAACCCGGACCUUUUCCAGAGAUUCUAACCACAAACUAUGAGCACGAAAAACCACGGGUUGCGCGGUUCCAGCGCUUCAAGCCCGGUCCGGCGGCCGUGCACAAACUAGGUCAUUAUGGUCUUUGCGUGCAGAACUUCCAGGAGGAAAUGCAAUGGUACACCCGAACAUUCAACAUUGUACCCACCGACUUCCUAUAUGUCCCCACAAACACCUCGUCAGAUGACACUUCUUCUCCGUCAUCUCCACAGCAAAAGGACGUGGCAAUAUUUGCGCACCUCGAUCUAGGCCCUGGAUACACAGACCACCAUACCAUUUUCCUAUCGUCGAAUCCAACGUCACAUGUGCAUCAUUGCAGCUUCGAGGUGCACGACUUCGACACGCAGAAUCUGGGGCAUGAGUGGUUGGCGCAGAAGGGGUACAAGAGCGUCUGGGGUGUGGGCAGGCAUAUCUUGGGAAGCCAGUUGUUCGACUACUGGUGGGAUACAACAGGUAAUAUGAUUGAGCAUUAUGCAGAUGGGGAUCUAGUGAACGAGGACACGCCGGUAGGAUGGGGCGAAGCGGGAGACGAAAGUUUGGCUGUUUGGGGACCCGAGGUGCCUAUGUGGUUUCUGGAUUGA